AGCUUACCUGCAUGCGGCCGGGGGUGAAAUGUUUUGUUUUCCUCGGGGAGGGCUGAAGUGUGAAGUGUGUUACCCAUAAUGCCGUGAACCGCGAUCGCGUCAUCUUCGAGGGCCCGGCAUCAAUGAUGGCGGCGCUCGGUACGGCAGAAGUCAUCAGCCAGCUGGAAAGUGCUGCCAAAGUUUUAAUGGCACCGCCGUCGAUGGUGAGCACAGAGCAACGGCAACAUGCCGAGCACAUCUUCCUCUCCUUCAGGAAGUCCAAGUCGCCCUUCGCCAUUUGUAAACACAUCUUAGAGAGCAGCAAAGUGGACUACGUGCUGUUCGAGGCCGCCACCGCCAUCAUGGAGGCGGUGGUGCGGGAGUGGAUUCUGCUGGAGAAGACCAACAUAGAGUCCCUCAGAGCCUUCCUGCUCUCAUAUGUCCUGCACAGACCCAACUUGCAGAAGUACGUGCGCGAGCAGAUGCUACUGGCUGUGGCCGUCAUCGUCAAGCGUGGUACCCUCGACAAAACGGUCAGCUGCAAAAGUGUCUUCCUGGAGGUUGGACAGCUCAUCGGCAGCGGGAACCCCAAUGUGCAAACGCUGGCGUGCUCCAUCCUGACUGCGCUCCUGAGCGAGUUCUCCAGCUCCAGCAAGACCAGCAGCAUCGGGCUGAGCAUGGAGUUCCACGGAAGCUGUAAACGCCUCUUCCAGGAGGAGGGUCUGCGGCAGAUCUUCGCAAUGACCAUGGAGGUUCUGCAGGAGUUCAGUCGGCGGGAGAACCUCAGUGCUCAGAUGUCUUGCGUCUUCCAGCGCUACCUGGCGUUGGCGAAUCAGGUGCUCAGCUGGAACUUCCUGCCGCCUAAUCUGGGGCGCCACUACAUUGCCAUGUUCGAGGCGGCGCAGAACGUCAUGCUCAAGCCCACCGAGACAUGGAGGGAGGCGCUGCUGGACACCAGAGUCAUGGACCUCUUCUUCACGGUUCACAGGAAGAUCCGCGAGGACUCGGACAUGGCCCAGGACUCUCUACAGUGUCUGGCCCAGCUGGCGUCCAUGCACGGGCCCAUCUUCCCGGACGAGAGUGCCCAGAUCUCCUACCUGGCCCACGUGAUAGAGGGCCUGCUCAGCAUGAUCAACGGCAUCGAGAUUGAGGAUUCUGAGGCAGUGGGCAUCUCCAACAUCAUCUUCAACCUGAUCACCAUGUUCCCCAGGAGUGUGUUGACGGCGCUGCCCAGCGAGCUCUUCACCUCCUUCAUCAACUGCCUAACGCUGCUCACCUGCUCCUUUGGACGCAGCGCCGCCCUAGAGGAGGUGCCUUCACCAUCAUUGAAGACCUGCGUUUGUGUCUGUGCACAGCUGGAUAAGGAUGACAUGGUGUACAUGGAGGCGUACGACAGGCUGCUGGAGUCGUGGCUCACGCUGGUGCAGGACGAGGAGCAUUUCCCUCGCGGCUGCUUCGUCCAGCCCGCCGUGCAGGUCUUCAACGCCUACAUCCAGUGUCACUUGGCCGCACCCGACGGGACCCGCAAUCUGUCUGUGAAUGGCGUGUCAUCCCACGAGGAGGAGGAAAUCAACGAGCUGCAAGAAGACGACAGAGAAUUGUUCUCGGACCAGCUUUCCAGCAUUGGGACGCUGGGGCGGGUGGCUUCAGACCACUGCAUACCCCUCCUGACGAGCCUCCUGGAGGACCGCGUGACACGACUCCAUGGUCAGCUCCAGAGGACACAGCAGCACCUGAUGUCCUCAUCAGACCUGAUGUCAGUGGAUCGCAAAGUACUGGAUGACCUCUACGAAGACAUCCACUGGCUCAUCCUGGUCUCAGGGUAUCUCCUGGCGGACGACCCCCAGGGGGAGACGCCGCUGAUCCCCUCCGAGGUGAUGGAGUUCUCAGUCAAGUGCUCGGCAGAGGUGGACAUGAACACCACGCUGCAGAUUCUGGGCUCGCCGGGGGAGAAGGCCUCGUCCAUCCCGGGCUUCGACCGCACUGACUCAGUCAUCAGAUUGCUGUCGGCCGUGCUGAGGACGUCCGAGGUGGAGUCCAGGGCCAGCAGAGCCAGUUUGACACAACUGUUGAGUCCUCAGAUGGGCAAAGACAUUGUUUGGUUCCUGAGACGCUGGGCCAAGACCUACCUGCUCAUGGAUGAGAAGCUCUACCAGCAGGUCAGCGUCCCCUUCAGCACGGCGUUUGGUUCGGACACGGAGGGCGCCCAGUGGAUCGUGGGCUACCUGCUGGAGAAAGUCAUCACCAAUCUGUCGGUGUGGAGCUCGGAGACGGAGCUGGCCAACGACACGGUGGAGCUGCUGGUGACAUUGGUGGAGCGGCGCGAGAGGGCCAACAUGGUGGUGCAAUGCGAGAGCUGGUGGAACCUGGCCAAGCAGUUCGCCGGCCGCAGUCCACCGCUGCACCUGCUGUCCAGCUCGGUGCAGAGGACCCUCAUGAAGGCACUGGUGCUGGGAGGCUUCGCACAAAUGGACUCAGACACCAAGCAGCAGUACUGGGCCGAGGUGCUGCACCCUCUGCAGCAGCGAUUCCUCAACCUCAUCAACCAAGAGAACUUUGCUCAGAUCAGCCAGGAGGAGGCGGUCAAGCGCGAGAUCGUGGCCACGCUGGAGGCGCUGUGCGGCAUCGCAGAGGCCACGCAGAUCGACAACGUGGCCUCACUGUUCUCCUUCCUCAUGGACUUCCUGUCCAGCUGCAUUGGACUUAUGGAGGUUUACAGCAACACACCGGAGACCAUCAAUCUUAUCAUUGAGGUCUUUGUGGAGGUAGCUCACAAGCAGAUCUGCUACCUGGGAGAGAACAAGUCGAUGAAGCUGUACGAGGCGUGCCUGACGCUGCUGCAGGUUUACUCCAAGAACAACCAGAGCAGGAAGCGAAGUGACGCCGCCGCUGAGGAAGACCAGUACCAGGACCUGCUGCUCAUCAUGGAGCUGCUCACCAACCUGCUGUCCAAAGAGUUCAUAGACUUCAGUGACACAGACGAGGUGUUCCGUAGCCAAGACCAGGGCACGCCGGCGUCCAGUCGUCCGGUGUCUGCCGCAGACGUGGUCCUGUACGGCGUCAACAUCGUUCUUCCCCUCAUGUCUCAGGACCUUCUCAAGUUCCCAUCUCUGUGCAACCAGUACUACAAGCUCAUCACCUUCAUCUGCGAGAUCUUCCCCGAGAAGAUCCCACAGCUGCCCGAGGACCUCUUCAAGAGCCUCAUGUUCUCGCUGGAGCUCGGGAUGACCUCGAUGGGUUCGGAGAUCAGUCAGCUUUGUUUGGAAGCUUUGUCACCGUUGGCUGAGCAGUGUGCCAAAAACCAGGAGAAGGACACGCCCCUUUUCAUGGCCACACGACACUUCCUCAAGCUGGUGUUUGACAUGUUGGUGCUGCAGAAACACAACACGGAGAUGACUGUGGCGGCCGGAGAAGCGCUUUACACGCUAGUCUGUCUGCACCAGGCGGAGUACUCUGACCUGGUGGAGUCGUUGCUGUCGUCCCAGCGUGAUGCGGUCAUCUACGGGCGCCUGGUGGCCGCCUUCAACACGCUGACGGCCAGCAGCACGCCGCCCGCCAUGGAGCGCAAGCAGAAGAUGGCCUUCCUCAAGAGCCUUGACGACUUUGUGGCCAACGUGGGGGGCCUGCUCUGCGUCAAGUAGCCCCCGUAAAAAAAACACACGGACGCACGUGAUGCCUUUUCAAGCCAGGCCCGUCCGUCCGCCCGCCCAGUAUAAACUAUGGGUAGAGGGGGAAGGACGCGCGCCAUAGCGACCCCGCUGAACUGCAGUGCAGACAGACAGACAACCAGACAAAGCUGCUGGAGUAUACACGCACACACAUCUAUACAGUGUUAUUGGAAGGUGACAAGAGUUUUUUUUAUCUAUUUUUUUCCCCCCAGUGUGAAGUUUUUGAAUGCCUUUGAACUUGUUGGAGGACCAUUAUGUUUGGAGAAUGUAUAUACACACAAACACACACAUGCAUAUGCACACACGCAUGCAUAUUUUGAAACACAUGUAGACACACGCACGCUUAAUUCACAUGCACAUACAGCUCUGUACGCACACGUCCACAAAUGUACACAUACAUAUGGACAGGUAUGUAUCCACAUGCCCACACAAACAUACGUGCAUGCAUACACUCCUAUGGCCACAAACUACACACGCCAUAAACAUACACUUGCACACACACAUUCUCUCACACACAGCUCCAAAUCUCCCCAGAGUGCCUUUGUGUGUAGUCAAGUGUAUGUGUGUGUGCGUGCCUUGUAUCAUGUGUCACCAUGACAUAAUGGGCGCCCGGUUGCGUUCAGGUGCGCUGGUUUUGUCGAGCACCGAGAAAGCGAAAGCAUGCGCAUGCUGGCGUCCGCCUGCAGGCCUUUUACAUUUUUGUUCUGUUUGAGGAACCGCACGACACGCUGAGACUGAAAUGUUUUUACGCCAGCAGGAGCCAGUAAACCGUUGUGCUUGAAUUCAGUUCAAGAAGACGGUUUGGCCAAGAGACAUUCAUGUGCUGUAUUUUUCUAAAGCGACACUUCCUCUGGGAAAAGGAGCAGACACACUCAAUGACCCUGCCUUUGUGUUGACCACAUUAAAAGUGUACAUAAGGUUC